AUGUCAUCAUUUGUUACCAAAAGAAUGACCGAACGAGAGGAAGAGUUCACAGAAGUGCAGACUAUUAGGCUAAUUACCGGCACCUAUAAUGUUAAUGGACAGUUUGCACCAGACAAUCUGUCAGUCUGGCUCAAUCCCGAUUACGAGCCUGAUAUAUAUGCUAUAGGGUUUCAAGAAUUAGAUCUUUCUCCAGAAGCCUAUCUUCUUUAUGAUGGGACCAAAGAGAUUGAAUGGACUCACGCGAUCCUUUUAGGAUUAGGUGAAAAGGCCAACAAGUAUUAUAAGCUCGUAUCGAAACAGCUGAUUGGCAUACUCCUAAUGAUCUUUGUGAAAAAGGAGCAACUUCCCAACAUUAAAGAUGUACAAACAGAUUCAGUUGGAGUUGGUAUGUUGGGUGUGAUGGGAAAUAAGGGAGCAGUAGCAGCAAGAUUACGAUUCAGAGACUCUUAUCUCUGUUUUGUAUGUUGUCAUUUGGCUGCCGAUCCCGGUCAGCUAGCUAGGCGAAAUCAAGAUUACUUGGAAAUAUGUCGCAGACUAGGGUUUUCCAUUAAUACAAUGGCCUCGUUUCCUUCACCGUAUAGUUGGGUUGCUGCAAAUUUGCCAGUACCCGCAGCAGCAGCAGCAAUGGCAGGAGUGGGAGGAAUGAUUACUGGUCGUGGGAAAGAUAAUGCGGGUUUGGUAUCUAUAUUUGAUAGUGAUCAUCUGAUUUGGAUGGGAGAUUUGAAUUAUCGUAUCGAAACUUUGCCAGAGUCUGAAGUGAAGUCUAUGCUCGAGAAUGAUGAAAUGCAAUUAUUGCUAAAUUUCGAUCAGCUUAACAUUCAGAGAAGAGCCAAGUUGGCGUUUAACGAGUUCGAGGAGGGGAGUAUAACCUUUCCACCGACGUAUAAAUAUGAUAUAGGAAAAACCAUCUACGAUACAAGUGAGAAAAGAAGAUCUCCAGCAUGGACAGAUAGGAUAUUGUGGAGAAGCAAGCAAAAUGAUUUCAUCAAACAGAUAUAUUACAAAGAUCACAUGGAAAUUGUAGCGAGUGACCACAAACCGGUUAGUGCCGCGUUUGAGAUGAAGGUCAAAAUUAUACACCCAGACAAACAAGCUAAUGUUCACAGUAGCGUGGUUAGAGAAUGGGACAAGCUCGAGAAUGAGCGUAUACCAGACGUAGCUGUCUCUACUAAUCAAGUCGAUUUUGGUAAAUUGACGCCAGAUAUGCUACCAAAGAGCGAGAUUCUAAUGAUAGAAAACAUUGGCAAGGUGCCUGCCAAAUUCACGUUCAUUCCCAAGUUUGGCGAGGCUUCCGUCAGUCAGUCAUGGUUGAAUGUUGAACCCGUAAAUGGGGAAAUAUCAUCAGGCAACAAACAGGAUAUAAAACUUACGGUGCAGUCAACAACUGAUGAACUCAAAUUUGAGGAUAUUCUAAUUUUACACAUAGAACAUGGGAAGGAUCAUUUUAUAACUGUUACUGGUGAACAAUAA